AUGCUUAAUGGGGAAAGGUUUGUUGAGGCCCUUUCUCGAUUGGGUUAUCCGAGUGCCUCUACACUCAAAGGUUCGGAAUUUGAUUGGCUGUUUGACGCGGCACCAGACAACCUGCAUCUUUUGCGUGUCUUUUGCCACCGUCUAACGCGCAACAAUGUCCUCACACCAGAGGAAGUGAAGGCAUUUAGAGUGUUGCGCGAGUCUGGUAAACCUAUCUUGGAUGAGACGACACUUGGGGAUCUGCUAAAAACAUGUGGACCAAAUGAUGGGGCUGUUGGCGUGGUUGGGUCGAUGUCUUCUCUGUGUGGAGAGGGGGAUGUUUCAGUGGAAGAGUUGGAUGCUGAACUUCAAGCCUUAAAAAAGGAGAAACGGCUGAAGUUGCGCAGACUGAAAAAGCUCCAAGUACUGGCAUCCAGUCGGGGGGCUGACUCGUCUGCUGCUUCUGCUCUACAAGAGGAAGGAGGCCACGCUGUGAAGGAUGCAAGUUCUGCUCUUGCAGUUGAAAACGCAGCCACCAAUGCAGCUUUAGAAGACCUUGUAAAGGAGGCUAUAAAACUCGCUGGCUUUUUCAACACUAAUCUUCACUGUGUAGAUGAAGUCAAAACCAUGCCACCUCCAUCUCUACAAUCAGGGUUGCCAGUACUGCUUUCCCAGCUUUCUGUAGAGCCAUACCUCUUACAAGAGGAGCAGAAUACUAAAACCUUGGCCACCUACACUCAGCGUCAGUUCUUUCAAGGAAUCUCUGACAUGGUGGAGACAUCCACCUCCAAGCGCUUCCAGCUGACAGACCUGAGCUGCUGCAGUCAGAGUGAAGAAGAGGAUGAUGAGAAGUUUGUGGAGAGCAGGAGAAAAGAGAUGGCCCAACUGCAAUGGGCCCACAUUGUGGCUCAACACCAGUUGCUGAAGGAGCAAGCUGAGGAGCAUGGAGACCAAGUGCUAAAGGAUUGGCUCACAGAACAGCUCAGAAUCCAAACACAGCCCUUAGGGUCCCUGCAGGCAUCCUGGCGGGAACCUGCACUGCGCUCCGAGCUUCUUUCUGUCCAGACCGACCUUGAUUCUCUGAUGCACGAGCCCGUCCGCAUAGCUCUGCGAGACAGUGCCCGCCUGCUGAAUGUGCCAGUGGUUCGAGGUGACCUAGCACUUCAGAUUGCCCGACAGAACUACUACACAGCCAGGCAGACUGAAGUUAUGGAACAGCUUCUCCGCCAGAAGGCAUCAUUUGAAGUGUUACGGCUGGCUCAGGACACUGAGCUCCGUACCAGCACGAUGACUGUGGAGCAGCUGGAGAAGGUCAUUCACAGGCUAGAGGAUGCGACUCAGACCGCAGCCCAGAGAGGAAGCAUUCUGACCCAGCCUGAACUGACCCAACCACCCUGCCUGGGGCCUAAUGCAAAGCAGCAAGUUAUCAGUUCUAAGGAUACAGCCUUUAGCAGGCUGCUGCAGAUGCUGGAGCUGGGGAAGCUCUCGGAUUGUAAGGAUCCACUCUUGACUUAUGGGAGGCUGGAAGCAGAAGCCUCUGGUUCACAGAGAGAGCUGCUCUCUGUUCGUGAGGCUCUAGACAGGGCAGCUCAAGAGCAGGGUUACUGUGGUGCUCGUUUAGAACGAGACCGGGAUGCACUGGAGCGCUCGGCCUACUCUGACAUUGUGCAGCCUCUCUUGAGGCCGAAGGUAUGUGCUGCUCAGGAGCUCUGCCCUAAUGCACAGGAGGUGUCUGUAGUUCUGAGUGAACUGGAAGAUAAGCAGAAGAAUCUGUACAAGCUUUUACAGGACAUCGUGAGAGAUUUAAGGACCAAAAAGGCUCGACUUGAGCAGAGCGCCACCCUCAGGCGAGAGAGAGAACUGUAUGUCUACUUCCACCUGGAUCCCACACUGCUCAGCAAAGCAGUAAGAGAUAUGGAGACCAAGGCUGGUGUGAAAUAGAUCAUGUACAGCCUCUUCUGUCACACAUGAUUAGGAUGUGACGAUUGCACCAUGAAUCCAGCUGUGAUGACGUGUGUACUAUGUAGUGCAGUUUGGACUCAGAUAGCACAGUCAUGUGCGAGCGUCAAUAACAGUAACCUACACCUUUCAGAACUUUUUGUGGACUGUCUAUGGUCUGUUUGUCUUAACUGUUUGCAGAAUUAUCAGAUGUAAAUAUGCCUCAAGUCUUUUUUGGAUUAACUGAUGUCUGAAAGUUUAUUAAUUAAAAAAUAUUUGUGUUUAU